AUGCACGAUAUUCCUGCAGCAUUCCGUUUGUGGGUGCGUCCAGCAGCAGCAGCAGCAGCAGCAGCAGGAGGAGGGGCAGCAGGAGCAGCAGCAGGAUCAGGAUCAGCAGCAGCAGGAUCAGCAGCAGCAGCAGCAGGAAUGGACAACCAUAGACAACAGCAGCAGCAGCAGCAGCAGCAGCAGCAGCAGCGGCGGCGGGAGUGGUUGCUGCAGCAGCAGCAGCAGAAGCAGGGGGCAGAUGAGCAGUGGCUGCAGCAGCAGCAGCAGCAGCAGCAGCAGCAGCAGCAAGAACAGCAACAGAUGCUGUAA